ACUUCACUUCAAUAAACUUCAGUUUUCAAUCAGUCAUUCGCUUUUUUCUUGUGUUAUUUAUCGAGGCACCGAGGAGUAAAUGCGAACAUUUUAACAAACAGUGAUAAACAAAACAUGGAUAAUUUCGCAAAUAAUGGAAACGAAAGUACAAAAACAACUAAUUGACUACUUUUCAUAUUUCGACGAAUUUCAUACGGUAGUGAAAACAAGUUUGAAAGAUUGCCAAAACUGCGCUGCGUCUAUAAAUAAACUGAUAAAGCGUUGCAAGAACAUAAAGGAGGCGGUCGUGACGGGUACGCCGUUGGACGAAUUUGAAGGAUUGCAAAGCAAACUAAGUGCUUCCAUACUUAACCUAAUCUCGGAAGACGUACAAGAUAUCAGGAGUAAAUUGUGCACAUUAGAAGAGCUUUUUGAAAAACUCUGCAAUAAAAACACCACACUGAGGGAAAGCUGCAGGGAUAUUGAUUUUGAAGCCAACUCUGCCCUAGUAAAGGGUACUCCUCUUCAACCCUCUUUAAAACAACUGCUAGAAUUUGCUGAAGAUACAAUAACAUUUGGUAGUCAAGUGUGCGCCCAAAUAGAAACAUCAUUAAACAUACUAUCAUUAAAAGAACUAAAUACAGAAACAAUCGGAGACAACUUCCGCUUUCCUGUAAACUGGCAGAAGAGAAUAACUGAAAUACUUUCAUACACAUCAUUUAUAUCAGAAAACCAGAUUUAAUCAUGGAUCUACUCGACUCAAUCCUCAAUUCCAUGCAAAAGCCUCCAUCAGCCAGCGAAGCACAGAAAACUGCCAUGCGCAAACAAAAAGAGGCAAUGGAAAACAGACAGAAAGAGGAACGGAAUAUGAUAAAUAGAUUCAGAAAACGUGUUGAAGAGAAAAUAAGCAAUUUCAUAAAAGACGGUAAAAAACCACAUCUACAAUUUGAACCUAUGGAACAGAUGUAUAGGUCUAUUAUCAGAGAUGUAUCAGAAAUUGCUGGUUUACAAGUCUUCUCAUUUGGCCAAGAAGGCAUAGACCGGUAUUCUGUGGUGUACUUCAAAGACAAUGGCCCUUCUGAAGAUGAACUGACAGUACGUAGAGCCGGCGGAGUGUGGAGUGAAGACAAAGCAGCUGAAAUGGCUUUAGCACAUUUUGAAAAACAGAAGCAAGCAGCUCUAGAUUUAGAAGAAGAGAAAAAUAGGAAACGUAAACGUGGUCAGGAGGAAUUGAGUGGUACAUUCUAUAAACAGAAGUAUGCUCAUUUGAUUGGUCAAGAGGCUGCUAUCGAUGCUGCCCAGAAAACGAAUGUUAACAAAAGUUAUGGAGAAGUUCCUAGUGAGAAUAAGAAAGAUCAGCGGUCUAUCGAACAGACUAUGGCUGAUAUAAAAGCGAAGAAAUUGAAGAAAGCGGAGACUGAGAAAAGGGAUGCGGAUAGCAGUGAACAAAUUUAGUACAUACAAAUUGGAAUACGUAGAUAGAAUUUAGUAUGAUUAUUAUAAAUGGUAAUUAUGACCAACUUAUUGUAAGACUUUGUAGUUUAAAAUUAGUUCACAAUACACUGCAAGGAUAAGCAAUGUUCUAUGUAAGAGUGUACUAAUUCUUUGGAAUAUUAAUAUAACUUAAGAAGGAUAAUUGUUUUGACCAGACUGUUUUAGCUAGAGUGUGAAUUGCCACAUUGAAACUAAAAUACAAAUUGAAUCAAAUAUUAGUAUAACAAUAUUCAUUUUUUAAACGAAUUCAUGAUUAUUUUGAGAAUACUAGCUAGUUUUGGUACUUACUUAAUUUACUCACUAAAUACCUAAUCAAAUUAAGGUUUUGUUGCAUUUUUUUGUUCAAAAACUAUUUGAGUGGAUAACUUUUUCUAUUAGGUUCCAUUUCUAUACUAGAAUUAUUUAAGUGACCUUAACCAUCGGGUGAUCCGUCUGCUCAUUUGCCCCCUAUUCCAUAAAUAAAAGAGUAUUUAGUCUUCCGGUAUUAAAAAAAUCACCAUCAAAGCAACCAUAAGCUUUGUUGCCGAUGAACAUAUUACAUGUGAUAAUGAAUCCUUCCUGCCAUCACUGAAAUAAUAACGUAAUAUAUGAUACUCUCAAAAUAGUCGACAAUAUUGAAUGUGACAGAAAAAUAUAGCCAAAGAAAAAUAUUGUUACAAUCGUUGAAUAAUGACAUGUCUAUUGUCUACUUGUAAUAAAAAUUACUCAAGUUCACAAAUUA